UCCUAAAUAUUCUGCGGAGCUCAAAAUUGGUAGAAAAAAUUUUAAGUAAAAUACAAAUUAUUUUUAACCAUUUAUUAUGGCUUCCUACUGUGCAGUUUGUACCGCCGGUUUCAUCCACCUUAUCCUUGGAAUUUCCCUGUGCUUUUAUCAAGCUGCUGAUACCUGUUCACCGGCUCCGAAUUUGGGAGGUUGGAUUUUCUUGGGAGCUCUGAUGCUAAUGACCACCGACAUUAAAAUGUAUCCCGAGCGUUAUAAGCACUUGCCCUGUGCAAUACAGUUUCUUGUGGAGACCAUAGGAUCCUUGGCAAUCUUCGAGAUCUGCACUUUCGUGGUUUGGUGCACGCUAGAGCGUCUGAUUCACCACUUGGUUAGGUUGCUUUUUUUAUCGAUCGGAAUGAGCGAUGAGCUGUACCUUGCUCUAGAGUAUUGGCUUCUCUUAAUACCUACCACGGCUAUUGCUGGCUGUCUGUUAUUCAUUAUCAAGAUGGCCAUUAUACCCCGUUUUGAUAUAAAGUCGGUCUGUGCAAAACAGCAAGUAAAGGUUCAUCUGGACAAGGGUGUUUACAGAGACUUGGUUCGUCAAAACAAACAAAAUGUUAAGGUGAAAUUUCGUUUUAAUACAAAGUAAACCCUUUUAUUGUCUUGAAAAUUGUAGUAAAAUUUUACAAUAAAAUGUAAAUAUUUAAAUCA